AUGAAAAUAUUUGGAAAAGAUUCAUUCUUUUCAAUAUGCUUCAUGUUGAUUAGCGCAGCUACAGGUAUGGGAGUAUUAACUCUUCCAUGGGUAUUUCAACAGACAGGACUGUUUUUGGGGAUAAUUUUAUUGCUAUAUUGGGGUAUUUUAUGCAGCUCAACAAUAUAUUUUUUGAUAAUGGGAGGGUUACACUACAAAGUUUCUAGUAUUACUGAACUAAUUUAUUACAGUAUUCUUGGCGAACCAAAAAUUGAUAACAAUUUAAUUGAAGCUGAAUUGAAUUUGGCAGAAAGUAAAAAAAGAGCUAAGAUUGCAUCAAAAGCUGCAAUAUUAUGUGAUAUACUUGUUUUAUUUGAUUGCCUGUUCAUAAUUCCUUGCUUGUUAAUUUUUCUUUCAGAUUUUGUGAUUCAAAUUAAUUUUUUGGUUCAAAAAAAGCUAACCGAGUUAUCAAUACAUUAUUAUGGCCUUGAAAAAUCUACUUUUGCAAAGUUGUUUUACAAUAUUCUUUUUUCUAUUUCACUUUUUUUUACAGAAAGGUACAGAUGCAUAAUAUUUUUUUGUUUGAUCGUUUUUUUGUUAUGUAUACCAAAUAACUUCUCUGCUGUAAAAUUGGCAUCAGUUUUGUCAGUAUUAUCGUCUGUAUCUACUGCUAUUAUUAUUAUUUAUUAUGGAUUGAGUUCAAACCAGCCACCAGAAUGCCAAAAUGGGAUUAUGGCUCUGCAUAACAACUUUUGUAGAAAGGGAAAAAUAGAGUUUUUCAAUUACAGUUCAAUCAUGGCAUUUUGGAAGAUAACAAGUGUUUCAAAUAUUAUUUUAUUCUCUCACUUUUGCCAUUUAAUAUUAAUCCCUUCAACAAAGAAUAUACAUCACAUGUCAACAAAAAAGAUUAAAGGGAUUGUAUUAACAUUUGUCACCGCAAUUUUUAUUUUCAAUUGCUCUGUUGGAAUAUCUGGAUAUCUAGUUUUUAGGUUGAAUACAUUACCCAAUAUUAUCAAUAAUUUUGCAUACAAUGACCCUUUAAUUGUUCUUAUGAGGAUUUAUUUAACACUAUCACUGACUGUGACAAUAUGUAUAGAAAUCAUACCAUUAAUAGAUAGUUUCUCCUCAACCGUCAAGUUUCUGUUCAGGUCAAUUGGCAGUUUCAUAUAUAAGAAAAAGUGUGAUAUGGAGAUGACUAAUUCUAUUAAGAAUAUUGAACAAAAUUUAAAUACUGUAGUUGAUGAAGAAACUAAUUCAAAUCAAUGCACAUCUACACUGGCAUCUACCACGAAUUUGACUUCUUAUUUCGGAAUUAGUGACGAACAAAAAGAAGAAAAUAACGAAGUGGAAUUCAAUUGGAAAAAAUGCCCAUGCAACUAUUCACAUUUUAAGUGUUUAUCAAAAGAAAGGUUGUUUAAAAUUUUGAACUUAUCUAUUGUCCUUACAUUCUCAGGUAUUAUGGCAGUUAGGUUCAGCUCCGUUGCCAAGUUAAUUCAAGUCACAGGGGGGACUCUCGAUGGAAUAUUCGUAUUUAUUGUUCCUGCAUGGAUUUACUACUCAACGUACUUCAAGUAUAAUAACAAGGUAUUCGGGGUAUCAUUAUUAUCGUUAUAUUCUGUAAACUUUGUUGUUGCCUCACUUUCAGGAAUUGUAGGGUUAUUUAAAAUGGAAUAG